AUGACUUAUAUUGCUCAAUGGACUUCAAUUUCAGCAAUUGCAAAGCCACCUCAGCUAAUGUUGAUUAUUCUUUUCCCACUCCUUCUACUCCUGGGGCGCCUGGUAGUUAAGGCGUGGUGGACGCCAUUACGACAUGUACCAGGUCCAUUUUGGGCCAAAUUCUCAAGACUAUGGAAAUUAUUUGAGAUCAGCAGAGCCUCCUUUGAGAAAACCAAUAUUAUCCUGCACAAGAGAUAUGGUCCUAUUGUCCGUAUUGCCGAUAAUGAAUUCAGCAUCGACGACCCAGAGGCAGCGAAAGUUAUUUACGGCCAUGGAAGCCAGUUCGUCAAGGCAAGUCUUCAACCUCGACCUGAUAUCAGGCUUGGCCUAAGCAUCAUUCCAGGGAGACUGACUCCUGCAGUCACCGUGGUAUUAUGCUAG